AUGCUUCCUAAGGCAGAGUUGAAGCAUACAAAGAAGUGGUUUCACAAGCCCAUGACAAGUGUUUGCUCUCUACUUACCUACCCAUCUUACAGUAGACGUGGAAUCUUGGCUGAAGAAUCUUCAGAUUCUUGCUGCAUUUUGUUGUUGUAUGAUAACUAUUAUUUUAUUUGCUUACUGCCAUUGAUCCCUUUCUAUCGUCAUGAAAAAUAGAGAAAGUCGCACACGAUAUGCUCCCAAUGAUUUAAUGGGUAUAAAACAUCAAACACCCUUUUAUUUAUUUAUUUUUCUCUCCAGAAUGCAGAGGAGAUGAUGUGUCAGAGCCAAAAGAAGAUAAGACUGCUACCGAAGGAGGACAAUUAACACUUGCCUGUCAUUACGAAACCGACGAUCCAAGUCCAUUUCUAUUCUGGUAAAAACAAGGAGCAAACCACUACCCCAAGUUUAUGCUUAUGCGGUUCAAAUUUGGAACUGGGGACAAUGCCACUGACGUCAAGGAGAGAUUUUAUGCCGAUCUAGAUGCCAAGACACAAUCAGCCCCCUUGACGAUCCAGAGGCUGCAACUGUCUGAUUCUGUUGUGUACUAC